UUCUUUUUUGUUCACAAAUGUUGUGAAAAAUCAGUUGAUUACCAAACUGUAUUAUCACUAAUUAUGUCAGGCUUUGUGGGCAGGUAGGCUCUCACUGGAAGCUGAAGGUCUGACUGGUUUCUUCAUUGUUGGGGUUGUUCAUGUGAGCAGAUCUCAUAGUUUGGACAUUUCAGACAGCAGCUGAAGGCCUCACCAGCCUGGCUCAGGCCGAGGCUGCUCCGGUAACCGGACCCUGGUUGAGGCCAUGCCCACAGAGAAGCAGCUGCUCUCCGGCCGACCAGCUUCAGGGGUUGCGUUUUUUCUCUUUUGGACUCCUCGGGGGAACAGAGGCACCCUGGGCGAGUGGUUUGUUUUCGAGGAAACUUGUGAGGAUAAAGAGUUUGCUUUGAGCUCCUUUGUGUCCUGCUGAAGUCGAUAAACAGUCCCGGUCAAGGUCGCCAAUAUCCCCGUGGGGAAAAAAGAGCAGAGCUGGAUGUGAGCAGCAGCAGAGAGACUUAAAAGAAAAGCAGGACACGUGAGGAGUUAAACGCUCAAGUCAGAUUUUGAUACAGAUGCAGCAGAAAAGAGUUUUUAUUCUAACAAUCCAGCGUAUGACAGGCUGCUGCUUGCUUCACAGUAAAUACCAACACAGUCUAGUGCAACAUUGCAUCAUUCAGCUGCUCAGGUAUUUCAGGAAACAGUUUCCUUAUAUGGUGUCUCUGCCAGUGCAGCCUUCACCUGCUCUCAGACAUGCACACACACACACACACACACACACACACACACACACACACACACACACACACACACACACACACACACACACACACACACUUCACAGUGUUGUGACAGCGGUUCACAACUGCCUGCCAACACUAAAAAGACCUUGCUUUCAUGUUUAACUUGCCAAGUCUUUGUUGUGUGUUGACUUACCAGCAUCCCAGCACAAGUACAACUCCUGAUCUCCAUAAUGACAGUUUCUCAGAGACCGCUGUUAUACAAACAAAAGCUGCACAGAAACAGGCGGGAAAUUUAAAGAAAGAGUGUGUAAUAAGCAGAAGUGGCCAGACGCACAGUGGUUGUGUUGAACUUGUAUGACUUGCAUCAAUCCAUGUGGUCCUUUAACAUGAGCUCACUCACAGCAGCAACUCAUACCUUUUUUUUACAGUUUGCAUGACACCAUGUGACCACGUUUCAUUUAUAACAUUGUCUCCUGCGCACAAACGUGCAUAUGAUGUGCGGUAGUUGUUGUGUUACUCAUGAUGCAGCCACCACUGUAAAUCCAACACGUGACAGCAGCAGCAGCCUCUAUACUUAGGUCAGUGCCGUCUGUCUGUUCUGCAGUAUCAACACAACGCCAAGUACUCUCAUGUCUUGGCUUCUACAUUAAAGGUAGUGCUCAGACAAGCUCAGUGUUUAAAAAAAGGCGUAAAUUAACUUUCAAAUAUGAAAUUUGAUCUUUUAUUGUGUUCAUUUUGAAUGUGUGGUGAGAGGAAGCGUGCAGAGGAUUGAUAACCCUUAAAAUGAUGUGAGAAGCUGCAAAUCAGCUCGCACUUUACAUCAGAGUUAAGGGUUUUCGUUGACAUAAUAAAUUGAAAUGAAACCACCUGGACUGACAUUUCAGUUCAAGCAUAAAUUUACAUUGUGUCAGAUUGGUUUGUGUCGAUCAGACUGCUGAAGCUUCAUAGCAGCUUUAGCUAAGCUUUCAACAAUGAAUUUGUUCUGUUUUUUCAAUUUAAAUUGUAUAAAGUAUUGUAUUAAUAUAAACUACCGAAGAAAAUGAACAUUUUUUGCUGUAUUGCACAGGUUUGCACAGUUAAAACAGUUUUUACCACACUUUGUGCAUCUUGUAGCAACAUGUUUGCUAUUUCAACAAUAAAGGUUACAGUUUCAGUGUAGUGACUCAUUGUGCAAACAUACGUGAGAAGGAGGAUGGCAUAUUUGCACAGGGUCGUUUCAACAAAAUGUUUUGUAUUGACAUGAGCUCCUUUCUGUUGAUCUGGUGGCAUCAGCACACGUUGGCGUCAUGUCUGAAUGAGCACCGGUCAUGUUCCUGUAAACGUUGCAGCCGUAAUCUUACUAGGCUGGACAUUUACUUGUUACUUUCAAGUCUGACCUGCAUUCAGUCGCAUUACCGGAUAGACUCACACAAGAUUUCAACAUACUGACGUAGGUCGUUGUUACAUAUAGUGGGCAGUACGACAGUCUAGGAAGUGAAGUUGCAAAUAGCUGCAGACUCAUUUUAUCGAGUCGUUGGAAGAAUACAAAUAACACAAACGACAUGAGAAUUUAGUGUAUAUGUUCCUGGAAAACUUGGACAUCAUUAUAUGUCACUAGGUGUAGUGUCUAGUUUCACCCGUAUAAUAUACAUCAUACUGUAGCUGACUGUCGCUGUGGCGGGUUCAUCUGAAUGAAGAUGUGAGGAACAUUAAUGGAAAAGGGAUCGUUGUCUGAAUGGAAUGGCAUCACUUUUCUUCGUCCUCCAUGAGCAGCAGCGAUGGGGCCCACUCUCCUCCAGUCCUACAGGAGGCGCUGGUGGAUGGCAGUGACAGCGGUGAUUGAAAACCUGCUGUGUUCGGCUGUGCUGCUGGGCUGGGGCUCCCUGCUCAUCAUGUUGAAGAGGGAAGGCUUUUACUCCCACCUGUGCUCAGAGAACGAAUCGGUGAUCGUGUCUUUGGGCAACUCCUCUGGCGAUGAGGGGGAGGAGUGGGUGAGCUGUGUGGACCAAGAUGAGAUGCUGAAUCUGGGCUUCACCAUUGGGUCCUUCUUGCUGAGCGCCGCAACGCUGCCGCUCGGCAUCCUGAUGGACAAGUUUGGUCCUCGUCCAAUCCGGCUGAUGGGCAGCUCAUGUUUCGGUCUGUCAUGUGUCUUGAUGGCUGCGUCUGCCUACAACCCUAAUACUCUGUCGCCGCUCAUCUUCUUGGCUCUUUCCUUGAACGGCUUCGGCGGCAUCUGCCUGACCUUCACCUCCCUCACGCUCCCCAACAUGUUUGGUGCUCUGAGCUCCACCGUCUUGUCCCUGAUGAUCGGCUCCUACGCCUCCUCUGCUGUCACCUUCCCUGGAGUCAAGCUCAUCUACGAUGCAGGCGUCUCCUUCCAGGCGAUCAUGUGGGGAUGGGCAGGCCUCGCCGGGUUUGUCUUUUUCAACUGUUUUUUCAACUGGCCCGUCGAAGGCUUCCCAACACCUGACGAGGUGGAUUACAGUAAGAUCCUCACACUGCAAGAGCUACCGUCAUCUGACCAGAAAGGUGUUGGAGAGAGACUGAGCCAGAAAAAUGGAGACAUACGACACUCAACAGAAAAGCUUCCUGGUGGACCUGACGCUGCUCCCAAUGCUGUUCCCUUCCGUCGCUCUGUGUUCUCACCCAUCUUCCUCUGGAGUCUGAUUACCAUGGGGAUGUCUCAGCUGAGGAUCAUCUUCUUCAUGGGGGCGAUGAACAAGAUGCUGGAGUUUCUGGCCACCAACGGUGAAGAGCACUUAACUGAAGAGCAGGUGAUCGAAUCAGAGAAGCAAGUGAGCUUGUACUCGUCCAUCUUUGGCACACUGCAGCUGCUGUGUCUGGUCACGUGUCCCCUGAUUGGCUACAUCAUGGACUGGAAGAUGAAGGAGUGUGAAGAGGAGAAGACCGUCCCCACUGACACAGAGAAGAGCGUGACUGGACCCAAAAGAGACCGUAAGAUCCAGAAGGUGACCAACGCCAUGAAGGCCUUCAUCCUCACCAACAUGCUGCUGAUCGCUUUCGGAUGCUGCUGCCUCAUAAACAACCUGCCUCUACAGAUCUUGACCUUCAUCCUCCACACUAUGGUCCGAGGCUUCAUCCACUCCUGCUGCGGAGGCCUUUACGCUGCUGUCUACCCAUCCAACCACUUUGGCACGCUGACAGGCCUCCAGUCCAUGAUCAGCGCUGUGAUCGCUCUGCUGCAGCAGCCGCUCUUCAUCGCCAUGGUCGGACCACUGGAAGGAGAUCCCUACUGGAUCAACCUCGGCCUGCUGAUCCUCUCACUGAGUGGCUUCCUGUUGCCGGGUUACCUGUUCUACCACCGCAGACAGCUGAUUAAGGAAAAGGCGGCCAGAGACCAGCGGGCAGGUGGUCAGGAGAUGCAGGCGCUCAACCACACCGAAGCCAACGGAUACAAACCUCACAGCAACGGCCUCUCUGCAGUGGAGGCUUAGGCGCAGCAGGGCUGACGGCCGAGAGAACUGUAGGAUUUAUUCUAACAUGUGCCUUCAAAAUGAGCACCAGCAAUCUACUCAUCCACAUCUGUUUUGUCCUCAUACCCAAUGCUUUAUUUUACUUCUGCUUGCUUUGGUCGUUGCUGGUGCCAGUUUUGUUCAUCACAAAUCACAUCUCAGAGCAACUAGGAUCACCUGUGUUUUGCUAGGAUUUCAAGUCAGACUUUGUGAUUUGGGGAGAAGAUGUGUCAUCAUUAUUUGUUGCUGUCUAUUUAUUUUGGUUUAGGUCAACGAGCCCAAUCAGUGUGAUUUAAACACAGACUGUGUGCAGUCUGUGGAUACAAAGCCAUAGUUUUCACAUGCAAAGACAGACUGCGGACAUCACAAUCAGCUUGCUUACACCAAAGAACAGCGUGAAGAUGUUAGAAAAGCUACACUUUCUGUUCAGUAUUAUUUCAAAACUGCAUAAUGAGCUAUAAGUAUUUUACCUGUGCUCUUUCUACUGUAAUUCCCCCCUAGAAAAAGCGAGAAAUAAAAAACUCUGAGACACUACUAAAAACACACAAGCUAUUAAAGUACAUUUUAAGGACGUGAACAUCUGAAUAUCAGACUUCUGGUAUGUAUGAAGGAGAUUUUGUGGCAUUUUCAAGCCAGCUUUCCCCACAAAUACACGCACAGAUAGGCUGGUUGUAGAGACACCACAUCUACCUCCCGUUUCCUAAUUUUGUACUGUCUCUCUGCAACCGACUCCUACCGUUUGUCUGUCCGUCAUUGUUUUUUUUCUUCUUCACAUUAGGAAACAUAAAUCAUGCUAACUCAAAUACCCCUUGUAAAGGAAAAAAAAUGUAAUCAGUCCAGACUUUUCUCCUUGUGCCCUCGUAUUCUUCAGGGGAUAUUCACCCUUCACAUUUCUGGAAUUUUUAUAUAUAUUGGAAAAACAUUUUUUUAAGUAAAUUUCACAAAGGAUAAAGUGUGACUGAUUUUGGUAAUUGAGACACACAGUGUGUGUCAGUGUUAUGGAACACUUUUUACUGCUUUAUGCACAGAAAUGAACUAGUGUGUGUAUAAAAUAUGUAUUUAAGUGUAUUUUUUUAUACUCUAGUUGCAGUAGCAUUAAAAAGGGAAGCGUUUGUUUCAGUAUCAGCAAAUGUUAUUUUGUAGUGGGCUUAUUAUAAGUGAAGCUCAGAUGAUUUAUUGUGUAUUCUGCUUAUGCUUUUUUGCUUUUUUUGUCAUGUAUGGACUUUGGAGCAAACAGACCUACAGGAUUUUUUUUUUUUUUUUUUUUGUAAAUAGAACUGAGGUGUGGUUUGUAUUUUAUUAUAUAUUCUGCUUGCUUUACUGUAAAUGGGUGUGUACAGUGUGUUACAGUGCAUUAACUGAAGGCUGAGGAGACACUGGCUGUAGUUCAACUUUUUUUCAAGUGUGAUUUCACAUUAUACACUAAAAAAACUGAGCUGGCUGCAACCGGUGACGCCCGUGUUUCAGACAGAUUCAGGUCAAAACAGAAAAAUGUACAUUUCUUCCAAAGUGACAACAAAAUGUAUCACAUACAUGUUUGUUCUGCACACAGCAACGGCAUCGUGGAGACUUGUGAAUUCCGUUGUAAUGUGUAUUUUUUUUUUUAAACAUUUUUGGCUCACUCCAUUUCAGUGCCUGGACAGCUUUUAGUCGAUUCUUUCCUUUCUUGUCUGAUGCGUUUCUUUCCCGUUUCCCUUCGUAAAUGAAACGUGCUCUGCUCUUUGCACUCUCGCUUUGAUAGAAAGAAAAAUCUGUUGUUUUUAUUUCAACUAAGUGCCUUUGCUGCCACCUUGGCUUUACUGCAAUAGAAGUGGAUGUAAGAUGGACACUUCUGCCAAACAUCUUUCUCUGUAAACCAAAGCCAUCUUUAGGGACUGUAAAGGUAGUUGGUAGUACAGCACUUUUCCUCAGGAGAGCAUACAGGAACAAAAUGACAAGAAUAACUGUACUUAUUAAUACUAUGCAUUAGCCCUGCAGUAAAUACCAGCUUGGUUGUAAUAUUUUGCCUUUAUCCACCGUCACUGGUGUUGAUUCUGCUUGGUGAUCUAUUUAGAGACUGCAUUUUGCAUUGAUUAGUAAAAACUAGAGUUUCAGUCGGAGUUGUGGAGGUUUUCCAGGCUGGCGUUUGCUUUACUUUGCUUCUUGUACCAGAAAUUCCAGCAGCGACGACGGGUUAGUUGCCUUAAAGUCCCUCAUAAAAAGUUCCUGUCAGACAAAUGGCAUUAAAACGAGUGCGCCUCCCUUCUCUACAUGCUCUGGUACUGGGUUAUACACUAGUUGUUGCCUAGAUUUGUUUGUGUAAAAAGUUUCACCAACACCUCUGACAGUCUCUGCAAGGAAAAACAUCUUUUGCUUCAUCUGUGUUUAAAACGAUCAAUUAGAGCAGUUUAUCUGCUCAUAGUUUUUUUUUUUUUAAAUUGGGGCUGAGGUGUUGGUCCAUCUGGCUAAAUGUGCACCUUUCUUUCCUGCUCUCAAUCAAUAUAUCCAGCAUGUGCAUUUGACAAGCGAAUAAAUGUAUAAAUGCAAA